AUGUCUACGAUCGACAAAGGAGAUGAUGGACAAUACUACUACUCCAUUACUCACAUUUCGAUAUUUCAUAUCUGUACACCCGAUAUAGAGAUUUUUGGGGAUAACAAUAUCACUCAUCUCUCUUCUCCGCCACCGUCGCUGACCCACGCACCUUCCGAUUUUGUCUUAAAUUUCUUAAAGAUAAAUGCAUUGAGGUAUACAGUGAUCUCCAUCGAUAUCUCCUCCAGGACAUUGGGUUUUUUGUGGAGCACACAAGUUCUAGUGGACAGAAAACACUUAUCUUGCCCCACAUGUGAUACGAUUCUAACCAAGAUAAUUUCUGCACAGUCAUGGCUGGCAACUACACACUUGUAUGGGACAAUUCACAUUCAACCUUUUUCAAGAAGUCGAUUUCUUUUAGAUGAUUCAGCUGUGGAUACUGAUGAACUCAGCCUAGAUGAAACAUAUGGAGAUAAACAACAACCUAAUGAACUUAUGCAAGAACAAGAGAAUUUUACUUAUAGUUAUGAUAAUCUUAAAGAUCAUGAUCCACUUGCAGCAAAUAGAAUUCAUCCAAAUGACCAUAGAAAGAUUAUUCAAUACCUUCAUUUAUAUGCUUCAUCUGGUGUUCUUCCUAGCAAAUAUCUUCAGGAAAAGACUAUGGAGGUUGGUAUCUCAUAUUCCUCCAAAACAAUACUUGAAUAA